AUGAGGCUGGUGGCAGGGAUCUACCUCCUGCUCACCAUUGGGCUGCUCGAUGUGCUCCCUACAGCCAAGAGCUUCCGGCUUGGACUAUACCUGGGAGGUCGCCCGCCCUUCCAGCUGGGAGCUCCUGGUAACGGAAUAUCGCCACCACUUGUCCCCAACCUUUCCCCAAUCCCCAACCAUCAUCCCUCCUUCUACCCACACUUCCACCCUGAUCUACCUUUCUACGCGACGCAUCCUCCCCAUCCCCACCACGGGUCCUCCACCGUCUCCCCAUGCCACUCCCCCCAGUUCCAAGUCCUCACAAACUUCUACGGGGACUACUUCCAGAAAGGGGUGAUCUGUUCGACUGGGGGUUACAGUUCCCCAUCUGGAGGACAGGGCUUCUUCAACGUAAGGGACGAAGUGAAGCCUGGGGAAGACUUGGGGCUACGCAGCGACGUCCUCAAGUCUUACACGGACGACGCUGGGGCUCCUUUCGACACCCGCGGGGAAGGAGGAUUGUGCCUCAAAGUCCCCGACGUCUGCAGCAUGUUUGACCCCAAGAAGGAGAGGAAUGCACGGUUCACUUCCGACACUACGUCCGACGUUUGGUCACGCAUGCGUGACAACCUCAACAACAUCUACACGUACAUCACGAGACGCUCUUCCCCUGCUACGCCUUCGUCGUCAGAGCUCAGCUCACCACUCUUCUCUCUGCUGUCUUCGUCCAGUUUCCAGUCACAACCGAGGGAUCCACAGCUAUUUUCCCCUCACCCACGAGAUCCAGGAACCCCAUUCCCUCACCCAAAGGACCAUUUCUCGGUGGCUCCUGAGCAGUGGGCAGCGCUCCGACACAACGAUUCGGUGGCGGCUGAGAGCUGUCACGGGGACGGAUGUCUGGCAGGAGUGCCCCACUCCACCCGCUUCUCAGGGUUCCCCUCACUUGAUGGCUACCCUUAUCCUUCUCGAGGAGUGGUGGUGUGCGAGGAGAGUGAGGGCGUCGCGUACCCUCUCGUGGGUAUGUCGGCAACCACAGGCAAACCUGUACGGCUGCUGCAGCACCAUCCCCUCAUCACCCAGCCCGUGUUCUUCACCCGAUGUGUGACGCCCAGAACUCACCUGGUGUCCGGGCGCUGUCGGCAGAAAUUCCUGCCGGUUGCCUUCUUGAUCGACGAAGCGUACACCAACCACCAUGUUCACCCGCGGUACAACCGACGAUCUGGUCUUGAGAACCACACCCUCAUCGAGGACCGUGAUGAUCGUCUGCUGAAUGGAACAGAUCCAAUCGGAACAUUCAAAACUGAAUCAAGAAUAGUGAAUGAGCGUCUUAAAAAGGACAAGGUGGCUAGACGUGGAAGGAUCCUUGAUGAAACUAAAUCAGGAAAUAACAGUGAAACUGGAUUGGCUGACAGAACAUUUGCUGUUGAUUAUAUGAACAAUAAAUCGUUGAGAGACCACACAAAAGGAAGCGGCGAAACGUUCAUUGCAUUUCAAGAUUCAGAUGGUGGAAGCCUCGAUAAAUCGUCAAAUAAUACCCGAAAAGUACGAUCAGCGUUGCCUCAGCCCCGACAAGACCAUUCGACGAAAGUGGCCUCAGCGGAGGCAAAACCGCGGUUUUCUCUCUCUUUCAUCGACAAUCUUUUCUCUGGUAAUAAGCACAAGCCGAACUACUUACAACCACCAUAUGCAGGGUACCUCCCAGGGCAUGACUUGCAUGAUUACAAGCAGGCAUACAUAAUGGUCGAGUCUGGCUGCCAGGUCAUCAUUGACGUGCCACUGGUCAGAAGAGGUGAUGGACAGCUGGAGAGCCAGAGGGACAGUCUGGGACAGGGCCCGACGGAUAGUCCGUGACUUUAAAGGAACUUGAAGAUCAGUGUGGGUCAGUUACAGUAUCAGAGUGAUAGUCUGGGACUUUAAGGGAACUUGAAGGAUAGUCUAGGACAGUUACAGUAUCAGAGUGAUAGUCUGGGACUUUAAGGGAACUUGAAGGACAGUCUAGGACAGUUACAGUAUCAGAGUGAUAGUCUGGGCUUUUAAGGGAACUUGAAGGACAGUCUAGGACAGUUACAGCAUCAGAGUGAUAGUCUUGGCCUUUAAGGGAACUUGAAGGACAGUCUAGGACAGUUACAGUAUCAGAGUGAUAGUCUGGGCCUUUAAGGGAACUUGACGGACAGUCUGGGACAGUUCCAGACUCCGGGUAACAGUGUGACAGUCCCCUAAGCGGCAGAUCCCAGAGCGUCAUUACAGUAAACAAUCCCUCAACUUGAAUUUUAUGCGUAUGAAAGAACCUGUUAACUUUAUAAUUUACUAUAAUUUGAAAACUGGUAAACUUAGAAGAAUGUUCGAGUCAGCAUGCCCUUUAUGAGUGAUUGUUUGGUGCUUGUUCCAUAAAUGAAUGUAUGUUGCCAUCCCUGAUAUUUCGUGAGGCAACUUGACAUAACCAUGACUCAAUUUUGUGGGCACGACGUGCCAGGAUGACGUUUGAAAAAGUGAGUUCAUUUUUGGACAAAUCCUUCUUUCAGAAAAGUGAUUCCUCCCUACCCACUCAUUUCUCUUAUUGUAGCGUCAUCGUCAUUAGCCGAAAGGUUGACAAUUUUACUUGCUAUGUAUUUG